AUGUCGGCGGCUGGCGGAGGGGGGAAACCGAAGCUGAAGACGGGCCCGAAACCGUUGCGCUCGCCGGGCACCGGUUCGGUGGCCAGCUCCACCGGCAGCCGAGAGAAGGUCUUUGUGUGUCAGAUUUGCAAUCGCAGUUUCGGCUACAAGCACGUGCUGCAGAACCACGAGCGGACGCAUACCGGGGAGAAGCCGUUCGAGUGUCGCGAGUGCCACAAGCGCUUCACCCGCGACCACCACCUGAAGACGCACAUGCGCCUGCACACCGGCGAGAAACCGUACCACUGCAACCACUGCGACCGGCACCGAGAGAAGGUCUUUGUGUGUCAGAUUUGCAAUCGCAGUUUCGGCUACAAGCACGUGCUGCAGAACCACGAGCGGACGCAUACCGGGGAGAAGCCGUUCGAGUGUCGCGAGUGCCACAAGCGCUUCACCCGCGACCACCACCUGAAGACGCACAUGCGCCUGCACACCGGCGAGAAACCGUACCACUGCAACCACUGCGACCGGCAGUUCGUGCAGGUGGCCAACCUGCGCCGCCACCUGAGGGUGCACACCGGCGAGAAGCCGUACGCCUGUGAACUGUGCACCAGUCGCUUCUCCGAUUCGAACCAGCUGAAGGCUCACAUGCUCAUCCACAAGGGCGAGAAACCCUUUCAGUGCAAGAAGUGCGACGGCCGCUUCCGUCGUCGCCACCACCUCAUGCACCACAAGUGCCCCAAAGACGAGGCCAACAUCGGCAAACCGAGACGGGGGCGGCGACCGAAGGCGUACGACCAGCUGCACGCUUCCGCCAGUCCCAGCUCAUUCACCUCCAGCCGCCCUGGCUCCGCCGAUGAGAUCAUGCCCAUGCUGACGGCCGUCUCCUCCACCACCUCCUCAAAUGUGCCCACACGUGUUUCGAACAGUUUCUUCAACCACCACCAGCAGCACCUGAAUCAUUCGGGCAGCGGCCUUCACCACCAGCAACAGCAUCACCACCACCACAGCCACAAGUCCUCGCCUCACAGUCUGCCGGCGCAUCUGCUCUCCUCCUCUUCCGCCGGUUCGCUGAGCAGUCAGAUGAACAGUUUAGGUACGCACUUCCUCGCGGAGCAUUCAGUGUCGAAGUCUCGACGGAAACCGCGCGUCACCAAUCGCAUUCUGCCUCAGUCAGUGGAGCAACACAACUCGGCGAUGUACGGUCGCGACGUAGAUGAUGAUGAUGAGCAGCCGGAGGACGAUGAGGACGGCAUGCAGACGCAGCCACUGAACCUCUCACGAGCGCCCGAUCUGAAAGCCGCCUCCUCGAAACACCUGACGACACACCACCUCAAAGCACGCCACCUCUACAACUCAUCGCCGCUCACCACCGAUGAUGAUGUGCUCGAUUUGUCGCGCUCCAGAAGCGACGCAGAGUCGGAGCCGGAACCGAUCGAGGAGGACGAAGAAGAUGAGGAGGACGAGGAGACGAACAUCAAAGAAGAGGAAGACGAAGAGGAGGAGGAAAUGGAGGGCGAACUGCCGAAUCGUCCUGAAGCGAGCAGUCCUCGAGAAAAUG